AUGGAUGCUCACCGGGCCCUGCUCUCGGCCGUCUUUCUCAUCAGUUUCCUGUGGGAUUUACCCGGUUUCCAGCAGGCUUCUAUAUCAUCCUCCACCUCCACCUCAUCCUCUUCGUCCUCGUCCUCGUCCGCCGAGCUGGGCUCAGCCAAGGGCAUGAGGAGCCGCAAGGAAGGGAAAAUGUCCCGGGCGCCGCGAGAGAGCGCCGCGGGCCAGGGGCACCCGGAACAGGCGGACGAGCCUCCGCGGCAGGAGCGCCCACAGUCUGGGCGCCAGGAACCGCAGCCCGAGCAGCCCAGUCCCCGGCGGCAUCAGCCCCAGGCUCACGAGCAGCCGGGUAGGAACCCCCGGGUGGUGCCCCAUGAGUACAUGUUGUCCAUUUACAGGACCUAUUCCAUCGCAGAAAAACUGGGAAUCAAUGCCAGCUUCUUCCAGUCCUCCAAGGCUGCCAAUACUAUCACUAGUUUUGUAGACAGGGGACGAGACGAUCUCUCGCACACUCCUCUCAGGAGACAGAAGUAUUUGUUUGAUGUGUCGACGCUCUCAGACAAAGAAGAGCUGGUGGGCGCGGAGCUUCGGCUGUUUCGCCAGGCGCCCCCGGCUUCCCCGGGGCCCCCGGGCGGCCCGCUCCACGUGCAGCUCUUCUCCUGCCUGUCCCCCCGAAUGCUGGACGCCCGGACCCUAGACCCGCAGGGGGCGCCCCAAGCCGGCUGGGAGGUCUUCGACGUGUGGCAGGGCCUGCGCCGCCACCAGCCCUGGAAGCAGCUCUGCCUGGAGCUGCGGGUCGCCUGGGGGGAGCCCGGCGGGGAGACCCCGCAGUCGUCCCCACCGCCCCAGGCCGAGCCACCCCUGGACCUGCGGAGUCUGGGCUUCGGCCGGAGGGUGCGGCCACCGCAGGAGCGCGCCCUGCUCGUGGUGUUCACCAAAUCCAAGCGCAAGAACCUGUUCGCCGAGAUGCGCGAGCAGCUGGGCGCCGCCGCCGCCACGGCCACGGCCACGGCCACGGCCUCGGCCUCGGCCUCGGCCUCGGCGGGGGACGAGGGCGCGUGGCUGCCUCCCUCGCCGCCGCCCCCGCCGCUGUCGCCGCCCGCGGGCGAGCGAGACGUGGGCUGGGGGCCGGCCUCACAGGGCCGCCGCCGGCGACGCACCGCCUUCGCCAGCCGCCACGGUAAGCGGCACGGGAAGAAGUCGCGGCUCCGCUGCAGCAAGAAGCCCCUGCACGUGAACUUCAAGGAGCUGGGUUGGGACGACUGGAUUAUCGCUCCCCUGGAGUACGAGGCGUACCACUGCGAGGGGGUGUGUGACUUUCCCCUCCGCUCUCACCUGGAGCCCACCAACCACGCUAUCAUCCAGACCCUCAUGAACUCCAUGGACCCCGGCUCCACCCCGCCCAGCUGCUGCGUGCCCACCAAAUUGACUCCCAUUAGCAUUCUUUACAUCGACGCGGGCAACAACGUGGUCUAUAAGCAGUACGAGGACAUGGUGGUGGAGUCCUGCGGCUGUAGGUAG